GCGACAGCAGCCCUCACCAACACACCACAACACACCACCGCUGUCGCUGGCACGCUAACACACACACACACACACACACACACACUCACACACAUACACGCACACACACGCAAACACACACACACACACACACACACACACACACACACACACACACACACUGAGCGGCAUCCUCAACACAGACCGAGACGCCCUUGGACUGCUGCAGGCGAGGAUGAGGGUGUGGUCGUGGGAACAGUGCGGGGAGACGGGCGUGGUCCUGCUGGGCUUCCUGACGCUGGCGGUGUCUGUGGGGAGCCCAUCGUCCACCAGGGGGCUGCAGGAGGACGGCGUGGCGUCCAACAGUCUGGAGGAGGAGCUGGAGGUGACCACGUACUGGUGGGGGGAGUGGGCCAAGUGGACAGCCUGCACUCGAGCCUGUGGAGGAGGGGUGAUGUCACAGGAGAGACACUGCCUCAAACAGAGAAAGAAAGUGGCUGCUGGGAAAGACAACAUGACCUGUACAGGAACUGCUAAGAAAUAUCAUCUCUGCAACACUGAGGAAUGUCCUGCCGCUGGGAGGAGCUUCAGAGAGGAGCAGUGCUGGUCCUUCAACUCCCAGCUUUACAAUGGGAGGAACUACCAGUGGAAACCUUUGUAUCCUGACGACUACGUUCACAUCUCCAGUAACCCCUGCGACCUCCACUGCACCACGACCGACGGCCAGAGGCAGCUGAUGGUGACGGCACGAGACGGCACGUCCUGCAAGUACAGCAGCUACCGCGGCGUCUGCGUGGACGGUAAGUGUGAGCCAAUCGGGUGUGACGGAGUACUGUUUUCCUCCAACACCUUGGAUAAGUGUGGAGUCUGCCAGGGAGACGGCAGCAGCUGCAGCAGAGUCAACGGAAACUUCCGCCGUGGGGCCACGACUCUGGGUUACUCUUUUAUCACUCAAAUCCCUGAAGGAUCAUGGGACAUCCAGAUCAUUGAGAGGAAGAAGUCUGCAGAUGUUCUAGCUGUGACCGACCAGGCGGGUAACUUCUUCUUUAACGGGGGCUACAAGGUGGACACCCCCCAGAACUUCCACGCAGCAGGCGCCGUCUUCAAGUACCGCCGGCCCAUGGAUGUGUACGAGACCGGGAUCGAGUACAUCGUCGUUAAAGGCCCCAUCGACCAGGCCAUCAAUAUUCUGGUGUGGAACCAGAACGGCCGCACGCCGUACAUCACUUACGAAUACACCGUCCUCCGAGACUCCCUGCCACCCGUCCCUCCUCCUCCCGUCUACACCGGAUCAGACACCUCAGCCGGAGAGGUCUCAGUGGAAGUGGGGGGUCUGCUGGCCGCUAACGGCAGCAUUUAUGACCAGGCGGCCCCCGAGAGCCAGUUGGAGCCGGGAGGCGCCGACGGGCAGAAGGGCGAAGAGACCAACGAGGUGUACGAGGAGACGGCGGCCAUCGACUGCGACCAGGAUGGAGCAGCUGCUCCAAAAUUUACAGAAGGAAACAGCAGCCACACAGGCAGCACUGCCAACCCCGCCCCGGCCGGUGGGCCCCUGGAUACGGGACCAGACUCCCCGAACCUCAUCUGGAGGGUGCUGCUGGACGGCCGGAUCGGCCCCGACGAGCUGCUCAUCAACAUCUCCACCAAUCAGCUGCUGACGGAGGGAGACAGUUUGUUCUCGUCGGAGGUGGGACCGGCAGCGGAGGUGGAGGACCUGAGCAGCCUGGAGCAAGACGGGCCGUUUGGCGUCAACGAGACGCUGGAGUUCACUCUGGGUCGCAAACGCAACGACAGCGGGGACGGCUCCUUCCAGAACAAGACGGUGCAGAGCGGUGGGAGGACCUCGGGCCGCUCCAACAGAACCAGGGGGAAUCAAAGGAUCUACCAGAAGAACCUGAAGCUGAGUCCUGCUGACAUGUACCGCUGGAAACUUUCCUCUCAGGAGCCCUGCAGCAUGACCUGCUCUAUAGGAGUGUCCAAGUCCUUCGUCACAUGUAUCCGUUAUGACGGCGUCGAGGUGCAUGACAUGUACUGUGACGCUCUGACCAGACCGGAGCCGGUCCACGACUUCUGUAUUGGGAGAGAAUGUCAGCCCAGAUGGGAGGCGAGCAGCUGGAGCGAGUGCUCCAGGACCUGCGGGGAGGGUUUCCAGUUUCGUCAGGUUCGCUGCUGGAAGAUGCUCUCACCGGGCUUGGACAGCUCCGUCUACAGCGACCUCUGCACGAUGGCCGACCUGGAGAGACCCGUGGAGAGACGACCCUGCAAGAGCCCCGCCUGCGGCCCGCAGUGGGAGGUGGCCGAGUGGACCGAGUGUCCUGCUAAAUGUGGACGGAAAGCCCAGGUGAGCCGCGAUGUCCGCUGCUCUGAUGAAACCCGACCAUGUGACCCGAUGACCAAACCGCCAAACGUCAAAAACUGCACCGGUCCGCCCUGCGAACGCCAAUGGACUGUGUCUGAGUGGGGGCCUUGCUCGGGGCCGUGCGGCCAGGGGAAGACGGUGCGUCACGUGUACUGCAAGGCCCCCGAGGGUCGCGUGGUUCCUGAGACCCAGUGCUCCGAGGAGGACAAGCCGCUGGCCAUCCACCCCUGUGGGGAGAGAGACUGUGUUCCACACUGGCUGAGCCAAGACUGGGAGAGGUGUAACACAACCUGCGGGCGUGGCGUGAAGCGAAAGCUCGUCCAGUGCGUCGGCAUCAGUGACGGAAAGUUCCAGACGCUUGACGACGAGGCGUGCGGCGGCAGCGAGAAGCCCGAAGAGGAAAACACCUGCUUUGAGAGGCCGUGCUUCAAAUGGUACACCACCCCCUGGUCUGAGUGCACUAAGACGUGUGGCGUGGGCGUGAGGAUGAGGGACGUCAAGUGUUACCAGGGCAGGGAGCUGGUCCGAGGCUGCGACCCCCUCACCAAACCGGUGGCCAAACAGACCUGCACUCUGCAGCCCUGCCCCACGGAGCCGCCAGAUGAGAGCUGCCAGGAUCGUCCCUCCACCAACUGCCUGCUGGCGCUGAAGGUAAACCUGUGCAGCCACUGGUACUACAGCAAGGCCUGCUGCCACUCCUGCCGCGCCCUCCGACCUCCGACCUCCUAGUCCAGGAGACCUCUGCUCCGCCUCCUCUCUCCACCCCGACUCGAACUCCAGCACGAGAGUAGGAUGUACACGUGAUGCUACAGUUACUGUGAACAAUGAGAGGAAGCUGAUAGUCCAGAGCUUCCUCCUACAACAGGGAUUUACAUGAGUUCAUUUGUCAGUUGGAUAAUUUAAAUGAUCUGAAAUGAAAUCUUAUCAUCUUGAUAUCAGACAAACAUCAACACUUAUCAUCAAAUUGAGAAAGAAUUGGGCAAAACAAUCUAUUUUUAUCUUGAGAGGAACUUCUCCACACCUCGGCGUCAUAACAAACUCAAAAAUAUUAAAACCCAGUCGCCAGAAAAAAAUGUUGGCCUUGC